UUUUUUUUUUCUAUAGGAGUUGAUGGACUCUGGUUUAUUACGAGAGUACUUUUGGAGAGAAUUGCUAUCCUUUUAAACGUGAGUAAUGGCACAUCUUCCCUCAGAACUUGUAUCCCAUCAGCAGAAAGUAUGCAGGCUGUACAAACGCGCUGUACGUUGUGUUGAGGAUUGGUAUCAUAAUACACACGACCGCAGAUACGAGAUUGCAUUAUUGAGAGAGCGUUUUGACAAGAAUAAGGAUAUAAAGGAUUUGAGAUAUGCAAAGUAUCUAUUGGAGGAAGGAGAGAAGGAGUAUUCCUCCCUGAUACAUUAUCAACCAAUAACGUUCGCCGAAUCGCUCACAGGAGGGGCGUAUAACCGAGAGUGUUAUAUCCCAGACUGGACUUUGGAUUAUUGGCAUCCUCUAGAGAAAGCUAUGUAUCCCAAAUACUUCGCGCGUCGUGAACAAAUGAAGGACGAAUACGAGAAAUGGUACUUCAAAACCUACCCUGAAAUGAAGAAUAACAAAAGCCACUAAGCACUUGUAAAAAAUAUAUACCUGCAAUGGUAUUAUAUAAUGUAACAACUCUUGUAGAUGAUAUUGUAAUAUAAUAUACAUUAUAUAAGUCUAGAGAACAUUAUAGAAUAUCAUUCCUAUCACAAAACACCUUUGGCCGUGGUUAGAUUAGAGAUUGAAUUGAAAUUUAACCAAUCGGAAGAAAACCAAUUUCAAGUAUAAUGAAUUUUGAUUGGUUAAGUUCCAAUCUAAUCUCAAUUUCUAGUCUGAUUCUAGCCUGAUUACGAGAAUCACUGUUUUAAAAUCCAUCUCUACAGAGCAGCAAGCCAUUCGAUGCCUUUUAAAACAAAACACUUGCUCGUAUAUACGAUGGAUUUUGAACAGUGGUUCUCGUAAUCAGCCUAAAAUCAGACUAGAAAUUGAGAUUAGAUUGAAACUUAACCAAUCAAAAUUCAUUACACUUGAAAUUGGUUUUCUUCUGAUUGGUUAAAUUUCAAUUCAAUCUCAAUCUCUAAAUUUCAAUUCAAUUCUUAAAAGACUUGCGGAUCUGUAGAUCCGAGUUCAAUCACAUCUGCGAUUUUUCGCAUUUAAGGAGCCGAAAAUGGUUGUACUUGGUGAUUAAGACACCUGUGAUCACCAGCGCUGUUCGGAUCCAGUGUUUAAACUGUAGGUUCAUUAUAUCAGUAGAUAUGCGUCAUUCUGACAUGUUAGGAAUCGGAUAUUUGGCUAACAAAAUAAUUCCGGAAAAAUCAUUGUUUCGAAACCUCAUCUAAAGGAGGCUCGGUUUGGACCGUAGUGCCAUUGGAUGGAUGGUUUUUCGUUUCAUUAUGUAUUAUGUUUAUUAUUUAAUUAGAGUACAUAGUAAGCAACCUAGCAUACUUCUAUUUAUAAUUUAAUCCAUUAUAUAUUCAACAUAUGUAAUACUAACGCAGUACAAAGUAACAUACGUAGCUCGAAACUUGUCUAAAAUCUUUUUCUAACAUGCGGAUACAAUAAGAAAUUCUUGCGCUUGGACGUUUGUAAUUUCGAAUGCUAUCUCCGUGUAACAAAACGGGCGAAGCGUAUUGUCAAUUUGUCUACGAAAAA